CACACUUGAGGCGUUCACCCAGUUGAAUCGAGCUGUGAGAAUAAGUUUAGAAGUAAAUUACGUUUAUUUUCCCAUGGGGUGUUUGCUUUAUUGUUUAAAAUGUUUGUAUUUUUUACAGAUGAAACUCCAAUUUCUCACAUCUACGUCCAGGAGGUGUUUUGCUUUGCUCUGUAGUUCAAUACAUUGCUGAUAUAGUGAGGACGCCUGCGGUGCGAGCUGAGACUGGAUUUGGGGAGCUUUUGACGGCAGUGCCUUGACGGAAUUCGGGGGUGUGAAAUGAGCUCACGAUUUGUUUGGGGGUGAGGCUGACAAGCGGACUUUGUGAACCCCGACACGACCUGGCGGACACUUCUGGGAAAGUGACGGACGCAUCCACCCACUCGAAAGUCACGGAGCACGGGAGUGUCUUUGACAACGGUCGGAUAUAGCGGGACCUUUGCGGUGCAACGUUUGGGCAACAAUGACACACGGGAGACUGUUUUGCGCCAAGAAGCAGGGUAGGCUUCAGAUCCACGCGCAAAAAAGAAAAUAAGAGUGGAGUGGCGGCGGGUCACAAUGCCUAACGGGAGACCCCACUAGCACUCCUCGCGCCCGCAAUAGUGUUUAUUUGGCGGUGUUCCGUGGACACAGCGCCGUAGAUGCACCACAGGCUCGCCCUUAUUUCCUGUGGCCAUGCCUGCACAUUUGGAGCGGUCGCGCGCUGCAGAAAAAGGCUCUGCCUGCGCGCCGAGCCGCAACGGUUACGCGCAAACGCGUGUCGUCCCACUGAGCCGCGACGCACAGCACGCGUCGUCGUGGGAGAGGCUGGCGCGGGCCCACGCGUGGACUUGCGGCGGAGUGGGCUGCGCGGCGUGUGCGCUCGUGCUGGCCGCACUGUUGAGGUGCGCACAGUGGAGCUGUGAGUUAAGCGCACUCCCGCAGCUGCAGUCGUGCUCUCGUCCUCACUCGCUCGCAGGCUGUCUUGCGGAGUUGCUGCUCGCUUGCUGGACUGCGCUCUCGCCUUUCCUCAGCGUCCUGUGUGCCUUCUUUUGGCUCGGCGUCUACCUGACCCACUGCGGCGUGCUGCUCCAAACAGCUCUUUUGCUCCUCACCGUGUUCCACUUGGCCGAAGCUGCGGCGUGGAGCCUCCUGGACGGUCCGCAUGAAGUAGCGGCCGCGCUGGUGCUCGCGUGUGUGGCCGGCGGCGCACUGAUGCUAGCGCGCCUGGACCGGGGCUCGUCAGUGGUCGUGGUCGUCAGCGUCGUGCGCGCCGUCUCGCUCUUGUCGCUGCACAAGGUUCGACCCGCUUGGAGGCCAUACGUGGUGUACCUGCUGGGGGUCGUGGGCAUCCUCCUGGCGAGGUAUGCUGACAGGCUCCUUGCAGGUCAAGGGACACUCGAGGAGGGCUGCACCCCUGUGACUGGAGCCAAGGAAGACGUCCCCACAUUUAAAAGGCGCAGGAGGUCCAGUUCGGUGAUAUCCACAGACAUGGCACAUAGUCAGUCCAACAGCAAGUCACAUCGCAGGACCUCUCUGCCAUGCAUCCAGCGGGACCAGAUACUUGCCCGCUCAGACUGGGAACACAAAAGAGGCUCCCGAGGAUCGCAGUCAUCAGGUACCAGCAUCAUGGUGGACAUUGCAGUGAUGGGAGAAGCACAUGGGCUGAUCACAGACCUCCUGGCUGACCCCUCUCUGCCCUCCAACACCUGCACCUCACUGCGAGCUGUCAGCAGCCUGCUCACCACCCAGCUCACCUUCCAGCCCUUGCAUCGGCCCCGCCCCGCCCCCCUGCUUAACCCCUCGGACGCCUACAUCUGCUCCGACUCCGAGGAAGGACCCGAGAAGGGUGAGAAGACGUCCAUCCAUAAGCGUCUGAGGCGGAGUCUCCACCCGGGUCUUCUGAGGAAGAUCUCCUCCACGUGGACCACCACCACCUCCGCCACAGGCCUGCCCACAAUUGAGCCAGGGCCCGUGCGGAGGGACCGCAGCGGCAGCAUCAAACCCUACCACGAAACACUCAUGUGCAGUUGCGGAAGACCAUACAUCAAGCUGAGCCACGGAGAGGGCUCGAUAGACAAGGGAGACCGAGUACCACGUUCAGCAGAGGAUCAAGUGGUUGCGUCGUCAGACUAUGACAGCACCCACGAAGCCAACCAUAGUGACAGCAGUGAUGUAGCACACACAGAGGAGGACACAGAAGAAGGAAAAAACUCCUCCCAGAAUGUCAUCCUCCACCCGCUAAUACCUCCUGAGGACAAACCUAUCCUGGCCCCGGAGCCGCUAUUAAUGGAAGAUUUAGAGCCGAUGAUGAAUCAGCUAAACAAUUGGAACUUUCCCAUCUUCAGCUUGAUGGAGAAGACAAAUGGAAAAUGUGGACGGAUCCUCAGUCAGGUCUCAUACAGGCUUUUUGAGGACACUGGAUUGUUUCAGACCUUCAAGAUUCCCAUCCAAGAAUUCAUGAACUACUUCCAUGCCCUUGAGAAUGGUUACAGAAAUAUACCAUAUCACAAUCGAGUGCAUGCCACGGAUGUACUCCAUGCAGUCUGGUACCUCACCACACAGCCGGUUCCGGGUCUGCCCAGCCUCAUGGCUGACCACAGCUCUGCUAGUGACUCAGACUCCGAUAGUGGAAUAACUCACAGUCAUAUGGGCUUCCUGAUGUCAAAGACGUACACUGUGUCAGAGGACGGUUAUGGCUGCUUGUCGGGCCUCAUACCGGCUCUGGAGCUUAUGGCUCUCUACGUGGCUGCCGCCAUGCACGACUAUGACCACCCCGGGCGGACCAACGCCUUCCUGGUGGCUACCAGCGCUCCACAGGCGGUGCUCUACAAUGAUCGUUCGGUUCUGGAAAACCACCACGCUGCCUCGGCCUGGAACCUCUUGUUGUCCCGACCGGAGUAUAACUUCCUCCUCAACUUGGACCACAGGGAGUUCAAGCGAUUCCGUUUCCUGGUCAUUGAGGCCAUAUUGGCUACAGAUUUGAAGAAGCACUUUGAUUUUCUCGCAGAAUUUAAUGCAAAGGUAGGGGAUGAUCCAUCUUCAGGCAUUGAUUGGUCCAAUGAGAAUGACAGGUUGCUGGUUUGCCAGAUGUGCAUAAAGUUGGCAGACAUCAACGGGCCACUAAAGUGUAAGGACCUGCAUCUACAGUGGACAGAGGGCAUUGUCAAUGAGUUCUAUGAACAGGGUGAUGAAGAGUCCAAUCUGGGUCUACCCGUCAGCCCUUUCAUGGACCGAGCCGCACCGCAGUUGGCCAAACUCCAGGAGUCAUUCAUCACACACAUCGUGGGACCCUUGUGCAAUUCUUACGACUCGGCCUGCCUCAUGCCGGGACGAUGGGUGGAACGCAAGAUGGAUGCCGAGGAACCUGAAAGCACAGAGAACGAGGAGGACGAGGAGGACACGGCGGAGGAAGACACGUCCACCAGCUCAGAGUCAUCACAGACAACAGCCAAGAAGAGGCGGAAAGUGUUCUGUGAGAUCACUCAUCACCUGCUGGAGAACCACGAGAUGUGGAAAAAAGUGAUCGAGGAGGAGGAGGACCAGAAGCAGGGCCAAGGAGCAGAGUCGGCUCAUGUGAACAGUGUAGCGGAGCCCGUUUUGGCCACUCACCAAGAAGAAGAGGAGCCGGGCAGCAGAGAAGAGCCCCUUGAAGGGGAGGAUCCCGAGGAAGGAGUCGAGGAACCCGAGUGGUCUGCGUCAACGCAGCAAGUGGACGAAGACCGUCAGUGAAGGCGACAUCCGGCCUCUUUCACGAUUAGUACAAGUGUUUUUUUUCUUCUAUACUAUUUACUGAAUCCUGUUUUUGCCAGCACAUCACUUUAGACACAACACUGUAGAUUGGGAAAUGUGUGCCUAAGAAUAAAAACAGGGUGGGAAAUUAUGUGCUUUACACGUUUUUGUCUAAAUAUUUGAGUUCACCAACUAUUUUAAAGGAGCUUUUUGUCUUGCAAUAUGAGAUUAUGCAUGUUCUUUGGAAUACAGACUCUUUUGUUACUGUCAAGGGAAAAAGGCAGACUGGCAACACAGACCUUAACCACAAUGUGGUAAUAUGGGACUGAUGAAAUUUGCUGCCAAUUUAUACCUAAUUUUCUGAAUGCAAUGACAUGGACAUCCCCCGUUACUUGUACUUGUGCUUUAAUUUAAGCAGGAGUUUUUGAGUGGAGGUCAAAAUGGGCCAUCAAACGAAGAACAUUGGUGUAAAUGUCAUUCCUUGAACCUCGGCCAACAUGAGUCUCUCACACAAUAAAUAUUUAUGAAAGCUAAUUUUAUGCACCGUAUCGCCAUGUAUGUUUUAAAUGCAGAUGUUUCAUCCUCAUUGCAAGUUUAACUUUGUGUCCAAGUGAAAGAUUCCCCUGCCUAAAAUAUGAAUAAGCUUCUCCAUGUUGUGGUUAUGCCAAAAUGGGAACUUGCAGCAGCAAUGUUUUUAUGGACUGAUUCAUGCGAUCAUUAGAAAAAAGGGAAUAAACCAAACCAAGUUUGACAUUUGGAAUCUCAGAAGUCAUAAAUCCAUGAGAUGAGAUAGACUAUAAAGAGAAUAUUACAUUCAUGCCCUUCUUUUUCUCUACUUUUAUUUCUUCAAUUCUGCAUUUUCUGUGUGUCCAUUCCUCCAUAUGUGAACCUUAAACCCUCAGGAAAUCUUCAACUGUUGAGAUUCAACAAAAGCUCUACUAGGACAGUAAAGAUGUGCAGGGAUAUUAUUGCAAGCUACUUUUAGAUGAUGUCCACAAUACACAUUGAAGCACAGGAAGUAUGAAAUCAGGUAGCAAAUUUAAGAACAACCAUAUGCAUCAACUGGAGACCGGACUGAAAUGAUGUAUACUGUAGCUUGACACUUCAGAAAGUUGAAUUCAGAAAUGUUUGCCACAUCACAAGUCAUGUAGUGCUUUUCUGACAUCUUUGUUUGAUUUCUGACGAAAUGCAUAAUAAGUCUGAGAAGUGCGAUUCCCUUUUUGAGUAGUAAUCACGGGCUCUCAUGACUUUGCUUUCAAACACUGUCAGGAAACAAAUGUGCUGAAUUUGUCAUUUUCAGGGUCCAAUGGCUGGAACACCUAUUAUACCACUGAAACGGGGGAUAUAUAUAAUAUGAAUAUAUAUAUAUAUAGUCGUAUAUAUUUAUAUUAUAUAUACACAGUGGACUACAAACACACACGGACAGGGAUUCAAAUGUGGACACAGUUCAUCACACCUUAAAAAAAAAACUAAUAGAUCCCCAAGGUACCUUUUUUUUUCUGACAGUGUAGGAGUACAAUGCAGUCUCAAAUCAAAAUUUAAAUUGUGUAACAAAACAUGACAUUAGAAUUAUUCAUCACGAACUAUAAAGACAAUAAUGCUUAAAAUUUGACAAACUAAUUUUGAGCCCAGAAGACUCCCAAGUAAAUGAACAGCCCACUCUGUUAGGAUGAGAAGAAGAAAAAACAUGACAGUUGAGUUAAAUCCAAGACAUAUGAGUGAAGAAUGUGUCGCUGCAUGGAAUUUGAAAGAUGUGAAUCUGGGGAUUUCAUGUAAGAUUGUUCCUUUACAUUUAUAUUGGCAGAUAUUUUAUCGACUUUUUUUCCAUUUCAAUGUUUCCCACAGAAGAGGAGUCAGGAAAGGGAUGUGACCGCUUUGUGAAUGUGCGGUAUAUUACUCUGAACUUAAGAGGAGUUCAUUUAUGUAAGCGUCUAAUUGGAAACCCUGUUUCUAGGUCCAAUGCUGCCUUGUUUCAAACGCGGCUGCAUGGCAACCGGUACACUUAGUAAAUUUUGAUGCAUUCCAUAGUCGCUCUCCAAAGAUCCUGUGUACAUACACUAUUUCUCCUUGUGCUUCCACUUUGACCUAGAAACUGCUUUGUAGCCAUGUUCAAUGGCAACAAUUGACAUUUUUAACAUUCAUCACUGAUUUGUCACAUCGCAAAGACCAUUAAACUGUUAUGGGGUGGAGAACAUACGUCAUUUCAGUCAAUAUGUUAUGUUGUUUUGUCUUUGUUCCUGUCAUUUGACUGUUUCACAUUUGUAGGGUAAUUGUAAUCAUGAGAGCAAAACCAGCUUUAAAAUAACAUAAGCGAAAUUGCUAAGUAUUUUUAUAGAACAUGCAAAUUAUUAUGAGAAAUUUGUUUCCUCUCACCAGUUGACUGCACUUACCAUGUGUACUUAAAUGCAGUGUUUUGUCUAAAUAGACAGGAUUUGUGAACAUUAAAGAUUUCCCUUGCAGGUUAAUGCUCCAUUUUGUACAAUAUGAAUAUAUGCUGUAAAGUAAAGACAUUUUAAAACGACCAAAAACUUCUAGAAACACAUUAUUUAUUUUCACCAUUUUGUAAUUUAGACACUAUACUGUGGCUUCAUAAUUGCCAGAGUUACUGGAAGUGCCUAUUGGUAUGUAUAAUACAUGAAUAUAUUUGAAGAUGAUUAGAAAUUGUCACAAACUGACCUAAUUUGAUGUUGUAAUGCGAAUACAUUCAGUUAUAAGACAGACA